UAUAUAGAACCAUAGAAACGAAAGCGAAAUAAUAUCGGAUUGAAAUCUAUUGACCUGUGUUUGACAUCAAUAGAAGUGAAAAUGCGACAUUGACAUCCGAAAAGUCGAAUUAACAAAAGAAAAUCCAUCCAAAGUAAGGAGAAUCAAUUAGAACAAUGGAACAGUUGGCUCAUUUCGUGACGAAAUCCUUCGAGUACAACAACAGUCGAGUGUUGGACAUCCUCGACAUGAGAACCAUCGGCAGCGGGGGUGGAAACAGUCGGGCUGGAUUGGGAGAGGAUUUCCACAGUCGAAGCUCCGACCCGGAACUGAUGUCGAACAACAGCAGUAGUGUUGCUAGUGUUGGUGAAAAUGGCGACCUCGAGGAGGAAAUCCACAGCCACACGUUGGCACAGAGACAGAACUCGGUGGGGUCAGGCGGUGGGGAGAAUGACGAUGAGGAAUCGAUCGAUAUCGAAAUUACGGACUUGUCGUACAGUAGUGCUGGUGGAGCUAAUGCCAUGAUGAAUGGUGUCGGCGAGAGCGAUAGAGUCAAACCGAUUUCCUCGGUAUCUUCGUCGGUGGUUGUGAAAAAUGCAUUCGGUUCCGGAAAUGGAAGCGAUAAUAAUAAUGACAGUGUCAUCAGCAACAGAAAUGAAACUAGUGUUAUUCGAAAGCAUGAUAAUAAGUUGCUGAUGAUUGGACGUGAUAAUUCAAAAGAUGAAGAAAUGGAGUUAACUAGAACAUCCAUUACAAAUAAGAAGCAUGUUCCAAAGAAUUGGUUGAUUGCUGACUUGGUGGAGGAAAAACAAGACAAACAUCCCAAAGCAAAACAAGACGUUGCCUUAAACCUGGUCCGUUCGGAGACCGAACCCAGCUACAAAUCAUCCGACAUGAGUUUGCUAGUCCGACCGAAACCCGCCUCCGAACUGCUGAAACAAAGCGUAGAUCUAAUCAACGGCGGUGGUCACAGCUACCCUCCACAACCACUGACACCUAUCCCGCCACCCGCACAAGGGGGCAGCGAGCACGACGGCAACGGUUACCAUCAUCCAUCGCAUCGCACUCACACUGGCAACCACACCGACAACGAUUCCGACACAGCACCUACCACUCGGCAAAUUGCUAACCGUUCUUCAGGAAGCGCGGAUUAA